GUAUGUCCAACAGCCCUGCGGAGUGCGUAAGGCGUGUUCAAUAAAUCUUUUACCCAGGAUACUGCAGACGAUUGGUUCCAAAGUUCAAGGGUAAAAUAUCCAGGAGCAGAGCGCGCAGGGCAGAAAAGAAGAAGAGGACGAGCGCAGGAGAAGUGUCAAGGUGAUUCAUUUGGGGGGAAAUUAUAAAGAAGUCGCUCACUGGUGUUCACAGGAAUAAACACAAUCAAGACCAAAUAUGGCUGAGAACACGAGUCCAAAAAGCAGCUCCGGUGACUUUGCCAAGAAAUUCCAGAGGCGACUGAGCAGAGGCAAAGAAAAGGUGCUGCAGAGGCUGGGAAAGUCGGUAGAAACCAGAGACGACCACUUUGAACAGUCCCUCCAACAUUUCAUGGACCAGCAGACUGAUGGGAACCGCAUAUACAAGGACCUGAGGCACUACAUCAACGCAGUUAGAGACAUGCGUGAAGCUUCGAGACGACUUUCCCAAUCUCUGUUUGAUGCUUACGAACAUGACUGGGCUGCAGGGGAAGACCUGGGAGCCAUUGUGGAGGGAGAGGAUCUCCUGUGGAAUGACUACGAGGUGAAGUUAAUGGACCAGGCCAUCCGCACCAUGGAGUCCUAUGUGAGCCAAUUCCCUGAUGUGAAGGAGAAAGUGGCCAAGAGGGGGAGAAAACUGGUGGACUACGACUCCUCCCUGCACCAGCUGGAGGCGCUGCAGACGGCAAAGAAAAGAGAUGAUGUCAAAAUAAAAAAGGCAGAAGAAGACAUGAACGCUGCCAGAAGUGUCUAUGAAGGCCUCAACAACGACUUGAAGGAUGAUCUGCCUCAGCUCUUUGAAAGUCGUAUUGGCUGCUACGUUUCAGUGUUCUCAUCUUUAUCAAGCUUACGAGACGUCUUCCAUAAAGAAAUGAGCAAGCUGAGCCUGGAUCUUAACAGCGUGAUAAAGGAGCUGCAGGCUCAACAUCCAGAGAACGUGUUUGCUGUGAGGGGAAUGCAACGGUAUGGCUCCCUGAAGAGACGAUCUAUGAUGUCUCCUAAGGCCUGGAAAGCCAGCUUCUCCGAGUUCCACAAGAGCUACAGUCCUAAACCCGGACAGAGGUUCAGCUUGAAGUCUCCGGACAAACCCAGACACAGCACCCUGUCCAGAGAGAGCAGCACCCUCACAGUCACACCGCAGUCAUCCAUUCUGGAGAGCCCCCCCUCCGAGUUCAGUGAUCUUGAUUCCCAGUCGAUUCACAGUGAGACCCCCAGUUCUCCAUCCCAAGAGGAUUCUGCGGAGGGCGCAGCUGGGAGCAAGCCGAGGUCAGGAGAAGAGAGCGGUCAGGUGGAGGAGAAGGAUGAGAAGGAAGAAGAGUCCGAGCCUCCCGGAGAGUCUGAUAAUCAGGGAGAUGGUGCCAAAGCUCCACCAAGUGACAGCAGCUCUGAACUGAACAACUCCUGUGAUUCAGAGAGUCUGGACAUGCAGCUGUCUGCAGCCGGCGUCGGCGCGCUGCACAUUGAGGAGAGAGAGGACAGCCCGGUGCACCUGGAGAGUCUGAAAGCAAACGGACUGGAGAACGGGGAAGUGUCUGGGUUUGACUCUGACAUCAAAGACCUGAGCGGUCCACACAAGGAUGAUCCUGCAGAAAACCAAGCUUCUCCAAACGUCAGAAACACUGUGGUUUAGAGCAAAAAACACUGGGGUUAGUUUGUUUUUAAUUCACAUAAUCUGCCAUUUAUUAUAGCCUUAACUGUUCAACUCAUUCUUGAGCUGUUAAUAACUCUGUGUUUGUUUUAAACAGAGAGGCUGAGAAGAGAUGGAAGUUAACAGCUGCACAAAAGAAAAAAAUGUGGAGACAGCCGCACUGAAACUCCCAACUGUGUUGUAAUGAAAUAUGUGCUGUGCGUUGACUUGUUGGAGUUAGAUUUUCUAUUGAACUUUUAUCAAAAUCACUUGUAUGUAUACUUGUCGCUCAGAGUCUGGGUUAAAUGUAUUCUGUCAUUUUUUUUUUAACAGUUGUCUUAAUUAUCUUUUAAAGUAAAUAUAGCCUUUACAAUUCUAAGUGCAGGUUGAUUUAGUCAUAAAUAUUGAUUGUUCGCUAACAUACAUGCAGAUAGGAUCACAUUGUUAGUGCUUUCUUACUGACGACACAUCGUUGCCUAUUUGCAGAUCUGCUGUGCUGUGAUGUUAGUGUCAAACUUUUCGCAGACAAAAGAGUACUUAAAGGCAAUUUAAAUUAUUUUUUCUUUGUUUUGAAUUUAUAUUAAGCAUUUUUGUUCACAGAAUUUCAGCAUUUACAAAUUUUUAAGCUUAAUUUUCAACCUUAGUUUGAAUCGGAUGUAAGAUUAUGGGAUCUUUUUAAGAUGGAAAUCUGUAACUGAGAUGAACAAUCAUUGUGUGAUUCUGAACAACAAUCUUUGUGUCAUGUUCAUACUGAUAUGAUUAGUUUGAAUGAUUUGAUGAAUAGUGAUGAAUAUGCAAACACUCAAUGCUACUCUCUGAUGUAUACAAUAAAUUAUUAAAAUGCAGUUAUUUAAAUAUAA